GGAGCGGCCGCAGCGCAGCGCAGCUCGCUAGGCGGCGGCGACGCGCGACUGUCCAGCCGCGUCCGUCCGGUCGGCGUGCCCGGCGCCCGUUCGGGCCGGCGCCCAUGCGCGCGGCCCCGCGCCGCCCCCAUGCUGCUGCAGCCCGCGCCCUGCGCCCCCGGCGCGCCCCGGGACACCACGUUCACCAAGAUCUUCGUGGGCGGCCUGCCCUACCACACCACCGACGCCUCGCUCAGGAAGUACUUCGAGGGCUUCGGGGACAUCGACGAGGCCGUGGUCAUCACCGACCGGCAGACGGGCAAGUCCCGCGGCUACGGCUUCGUGACCAUGGCCGACCGCGCGGCCGCCGAGAGGGCGUGCAAGGACCCUAACCCGAACAUCGACGGCCGCAAGGCCAACGUCAACCUGGCGUACCUGGGCGCCAAGCCGCGCAGCCUGCACCCCGGGUUCGCCGUCGGCCUGCAGCAGCUGCCCCCCACGCUGAUCCAGAGGACGUACGGGCUGGCGCCCAGCUACGUGUACCCCCCGGCCCUCGUACAGCCCAGCGUGGUGGUCCCGGCCGCGCCCGUGCCCUCGCUGACGUCGCUGACCUCGCUGACCUCGCCCUACGUGGAGUUCCCGCCCGCCAGUCCAGCCUUCGCGCAGUACCCCGCGGCCUACGAGCAGGGCCCCUACGGCUUCGUGGGCUACAGCUACGCGGCCACGCUGCCCCCCGCCAUGUCCACGGCGCCCCCCGGCCCAGCCUUCCUGCAGUACCAGCCGCCACCGCCUCUGCCCGACAGGAUGCAGUGACGCCCGUGGGGGACCGGGGCCAGGGGCCCCCUGCACACGCGGCCCCCCGGGCCCAUCCCCAGGUGCCUUACUUACUCGGGGUCCCGGGAGGGCGACGGGGCGGCCCGUGGCACAGCCACCCGUGCAGCCCCCGGCCCCUCUGCUGAGGGUUUGAGUUCUUUCCUACCGUUUGUCUUUGCUACUAAGAGGUUCAGAAUUUCUAUUUUUUCACGGAGGCUCCUGCCGCCGAGAGUCAGCCGGCUUUGAGCUCGGGGGGCUCCGCGGGGGGCUCAGGGCCGGCCAGACCCCGCGAGGGGUGCAGAGGCCAGCUCGCCCGCGCCCCCUCUGUGCCCUCCACCGCUGGCCACCGCCCCCGUCUGGGCCAGUGAAGACUGUGGGGCCCGAGCUCCCUGGGAGGGGGCGGGGGCUCUUCCUUUGGACCUACCUCAGGGAAGUGGAAGAUUCCGGGGCCGCGGGCCUGCAGGCGGCACCAGGGUGCAGCCAGCCCGGCCACGGCCCGGAAGUAAAGGUAGCUAAUGUUAUUAUUAUUAUUAUAUUUUAUUAGAUUGUUCCGAUAAGAAUAAACCUGUUUU